CGUUCCUCGGACUCUUUCACUUUCGAUCAACAUUUUCACAGUAAGGUAGUUAUGCCUGCGAGCCUUGUGUCUUGCAGUCUUUUGAUUUGACCGGUGGAAGGACAAAGCCGACUCUUGUCGUCCCUCGUGAUGUGGGAAUGCAAGCAGCCCCAAGUUUUACUUUGGCAAGCAGUGUGCCAGGUUGCACAAUUGAACGCGGAUAUGCUAACCGAAAGAUGAUGGUUUUUGCCGCACUGGAACUGCCCAGACUUGCAAUUACAUUGCUAGUGAGGAUGAUGACCGAUGGAUGUAUGGUUCCUGCACUAUGGACAAGUCAGUGCCGCCGCCACCUGCACGUCCAACCGUGCUGCCGCUGGUGCCAGCGCAGCCUGCAGCAACCGCAUCUCCAGAGCUACCUUUCAACCCAAGCCUUCUACGGACAUUUGCCCCAGUUGCACUGACAACACAGGGAAAGGGCGGAAACACUGAGGCGGUGAAAGGAACGAGUCAGGUAUCGACUGCUGAGCCCGUUCUUGCUGCAACCCAAAGAGUGGAGACCAGCGAGAAAUCUCAGUUGCAAGCCGCAGGGACAUCCAGAGAAGACGCACUGAAAGCGCCCAAACCGAAUGCAACUGUGUGUCCAGUCUUGAUGAUUACCCACCAGCGUGCAGAGUAUUUGAAGCGCGCUCUGGGCUCCCUGUUCCGUCACCGGAUCAAGUCGGAGACCUACCCCAUCAUCGCUUCGCAGGAUGGGGAAGAUGCCGAAGUGAAGGCGGUCUUGCAAAAGUAUGAAGCCACGGGCGCGCUGAAGUUUCUCCGCUUCACCCCCAAGACGUUUUUGCCCACGGGAUACAAACGUCUCAGCGCUCACUAUGGCUGGGCUUUGGGGCAAGUCUUCGACGUACUAGGAUACCAGCAAGUUGUUAUUUUGGAAGAGGAUCUGGAGAUAGCUGUGGACUUUUUCUCCUAUUUCAAGGCCACCUUGCCAUUGCUGCAAUCCGAUUCCAAGCUCUUCUGUGUCUCCGCUUGGAACGACAAUGGGCGAUCUGACCUGGUCCAGAACGCAACGGCGAUCUACCGCAGCGAUUUCUUUCCUGGUCUCGGUUGGAUGCUGUUGAGCAGCUUCUGGAAUGAAGUCCGGGGCAAAUGGCCCAACGAGUAUUGGGAUGACUUCCUGCGUCGACCUGAGAUUCGCCUGGAACGGCAUUGUUUGCGUCCUGAAGUGAGCCGCACGCACACCUUCGGCGAAAAGGGUGUUUCUCACGGGCAGUACUACAAACAGCACUUGGCAUCGAACAUGCUGAAUGACAAAGUGGUGGAUUGGGUCUCGAUGAAUUUGAGCCAUGUGGCCACGGCUUCGGCCUUUGAUCUUUUCUUGAGUCAGCAGGUGAAAGCUGCAAAGCUGAUUCGGCUCGAAGAGCUCAAGGGAAACCAGGUGGAUUCUCCAAUCGCUGUUCAAUAUGUGGACAAAGACUGGAAGAAGGUGGCACAACAUUUUGGCCUCAUGGAGGAUCAAAAGGCCGGCGUUCGACGUGGCAGCUACAGGGGCGUGUUGCCCUUUGCCUGGAAUGGCCAGGCAACAUAUUUGGUACGAGACUGGCCGUUGAAUUAGGAAUGUACCCGAAGCAGGACACUAGAAUGCCAU